UUCAUGGCCACUCACAGGUGACGAUAAAGAGGAGUGAGACGACAAGAAUAUCCUUGUCAGUGUGAAGACAAGACCUCGGCGUUUUGCUGAGUAUGUUUCAUAUACGGGAUGGCGCAAUAUGUCGAAGGGAUCCCAGUGAAAAUAUCAAAGAAAUUUCGCCCGCCUCCUAGAAUCUCCAUUCCAAACUUCUCCUAUCAGCUCUCUCCAGCUCCCUUCGAGGAGUAUGAUUUCUCCGCGGAGGAGAGAGUCCUAGCCGAUGCAGCUAGAAGACGGCUGGAAAAGGAAGCCAAAGAGGAGAGGGAGAAAGCACAAGAAGAGAGAAAGGAAGAAGAGGAGGGGGGAAGAAAGUAUGAUGGGCACGAUAGGCCUAGUGAAGACAACAGAAGCACCAGUAUCUUGCCUGUCCCUGAUGAAGAGAAGGGACCAUGCAAUGAACCCAUAGCAAUGCUAGUUCCUUAUCGAGCAGAGGUCUCAAAAACACUAAAAGAGAACAAUGAGUGCAAAGACUAUUCCUCAGCAAAAGGAGGAAUAUCCACAGUGAACCCAUUGGACUUUGAAGAUGAUGGUGCCAGUCCCUUUGAUCAACUUGAAUUGAAGAGUAUGAAUGAUUUGCAAGAAUUAGCAUCAGUGCUUCAAAGUGUACAGUGUCGGCAUCCUGUUCCCAGUGUUGCUCCUGUUCCCAAUGGCUUUGUGCCAUUCCCAACUACAUCAUUCCCAAACCUGUCUCGCUCUCUCCCAAAGAGCAAGGAACCUAGCUUUCCACCCCAGUACAUAGCAGGCUUUGAAAGCAAGAAUGCUUACAGUGAUAUUGGUGAUGCUAUGAUUCCAUGUGAUAGAGUGAUGCCCUCAGUUCGAAGCAAAAGCGUUCCAGACUUGCAGCAAGCAAUUGACUUACCUUCUCAGUCCCUAUCUGCCUAUUCUCCUGUCACUGUAUUUCCUGCUCAACUCUCAGUGGGAUCAGGAGUGGGGAAGGGUGGGGCACCAUGGAUCACGGGGUGCUAUGGACCAGAUCCUGUCUAUAGCUCUUCCAGCUCUGAUCUUCAUAUUCAGUUCAGCUUGGAUUCAAAUCUGAUAUCCACUUCACCUAGCAUCCAUGAACUGAAUAUAAUGGUGGUCUACAUAUUGAUCCUGUUUCAGGAGUGGCCUUCACUUCCAUCUGAUAGGAAGCGGAAGCCCACUGAAGAAGAUGUAUAUCUAAAUGCGCUUUCCAGACAAGAAAAGGAAAAAGCAAGGCACAUAGCUGAGAUGGGUUUCUCUCUGCCUCGUGUGGCUCAUCUUUUUGGCCUCUUGCACCAUGAUGAGAAAAAAGUGGUGGAACAUCUCUUGGAAGCUGAAUGCUUGAAAGAGCAAGGGUACCCAGAAUCCGUGAUAGAUAAGAUGCUUCUCUGCUGUCAUGGGAAUUCCAAGGAUGCUUGUGAAAAGCUUCAGUUGUUCACUCGGUUCAGAGAUCUGGGCUUUGAAGAGGCAAGGAUUUUGGAGGCAUUGCAGCGAACCCACUGCAACUACGAGCAAACCCUUGACGAACUUCUAGUCUCUUGAUCAAGAUUAUUGUGAUGAUUGGCACCUUGUCUCUUUGCAUGUUCAUGGCUAUCUACAUCUGUCUGCUACAAUCCC